CACAUAUCCUAAUUACACAUUCAUCUUGAAGUUUGUUCAGUUUGUAACACCGACGAAGCUUUAGAUCGACUUGACCUGAUGAAAAGCCGGAAACCGUUUCAGCCAAUCACAAAAGUUGUCUUAGAAUGGUUUUGAUCACGCCAUGGGGUUUACAUCAGUGGUGAGAUGACGGCUGACGCACUGUUGUGAUUCUUAAUCAGGCGUCGUACGAACUAUUUCGCCAUGUUUAAUACUGCGUGUUUACAUGCUAAGCAUAGAAACAGUUUCAACAAACGAAUGACAGUCAGCUAUUCGCGUCUGCUUCAGCCAUUUGACACCGCCGCGGUUCGUGACCGACUUUCAUAACAGAGUAGAGACUGGAUUCUAGAAUCUUUGGUCUGUCCGGUGUCGGCGGACUUGGUUAUCGCUUUCUUCGAUAACACCCAGGUAAAAAGAUCACACAAGAUGGCCAGCUUCCACUCUUCAGUUGCCUCAUGUGUCAGGGCCAUGUCUCCGCAAAGGUGCAAACUUUUGCCACAAAUCCCACAAGGCCGUGGCAUUCAGUCGCACAGAUUGACAAGACCCUUUCCCCACAGUUCAGUGGAUCAUGAGAGUGCUACUGUAUUUGGCACUUCGUGUCGUCACUGCCAUAGUGCCACCUCACAGUCAGUAGCUGGACAGGUGAAUACCCCAUCAGAGAAAUCGCAAGGAACCCAUAUGCCCAGCAGGCUAAAGAACAAUGUUGGGAGCCUUAUAAGUGGUCUUGGCAACUUUGCUACUAACCUUCCUAGUCGGGUGGCAGAGGAAAUAAAUCGUUUUAGCUGGCACUCUGACAAGACUAAAGUAGCUGCCACAAGUGGUGAAAUAAAAGUAAAAGUGAUGAAGCCUUUAUAUGAGGAGAGCAUAAAAGACAGCAUUUCACAGACAGCAGCCCUCAAGAAUGUUGACAGUCCAUCUAAAGUACUGCUGCAGGAACAGCGAAGCUUUGCAGAGGCAAUGCAAGACACACAUUCAAGUGUUGUUUCCUACUACACCUCUUCAACUUCCAGUGAUGAAGUUAAGCCUUCAAAGACAAACCAAAAUGUCAUUACAACACAAGACAAGAAGCCCUCAAAAGACGAAGAGAAUUCAUGGAAUGUCUUUCGCCAGUUUAGCAUUCCCCUUCCAUUCUUGGAAAUCGGUUCUGGACAGGAGGCCAAGAAAAAGCCAUUGAUGAAAGCGAAUAUUGUUUCAAGGUCAGACCUGGAAAUGAGGACAAGAGCUCUUGUGGCAGCUAUAAAGACAGCAUCCUCUGUCCCCUCGCAGUUGAAAAGGCUGGAGGACUUGUGUAAACAUCUGAUUAACUACCCAAGUAUGCGAACUCUUGCCACAAAUGAAAAGGUACUGCCAUUUAUCUUAAGAAUGACUGAGGCUAAAAGCAAACUUCUGCGUGACCAGGCCUAUGAAACGCUGGCACUUCUGGGCUUUGUCUUUCCAGUUAAAGGCAGAGGAAUUCGAAUCCUGUCUUUGGAUGGUGGUGGCACAAGAGGUCUCAUGAUGCUUGAGUGCCUGGCCAAAAUAGAGCAAGUGAGUGGCAAGCACAUUUACCAGUUGUUCGACUAUGUUUGUGGAGUCAGCACUGGUGCUCUGAUUGCUGCCAUCACCUGCCUCUAUCGCUUGCCACUUGAAGAGUGCAGGCGUUUGUACUUGGAGUUCAGCAGACAGAUGUUCAACCGCAGUCGUGUCUUUGGCACAAGUGGGCUGGUCUGGAAUCAUGCCUUCUACAGCACUGACCAGUGGGAAAAAAUUUUACAGGAGGAGAUGGGCCACAAGCUGAUGGUGGAGUUUGCUCAGGAUCCAGUAGUGCCAAAGAUGGCUGCAGUCUCCAACAUCAUGAACACCCCUCGUAUGGUAAACUUUCUCUUCCGUAAUUACAACCAUCCCCCAGAUACCUACUCCCAGUUCCCAGGUAGCUGCACAAACAGCUUGUGGGAGGUCAUUCGUGCUUCCUCUGCAGCACCUGGCUACUACGAGCCGUUCAUUCUGGGAGAGUAUGUUCACAUGGAUGGAGGCUUGAUGACAAACAACCCUACUGCACUUGCCAUCCAUGAAAGUCGGCUCCUGUGGCCAAAUGAAUGUGUUCAGUGUGUGGUCUCCCUGGGGACUGGUAGAUACGAACCUACCGUGGAAAUGUCUCCUACCAAGCUGAGCCUCAAGGAGAAAGUAUCAAAGGUAGUGGACAGUGCUACGGACACAGAAGGUGUACACAUGAUACUGACAGAUCUGAUGCAACCAUCAACCUACUUUCGCUUCAACCCGUAUUUAUCAGAGGAGAUUCAGUUAGACGAGAUCCGUGAUGAGAAGUUGAAGAUCAUGCAGCAGGAUGCCCAGAUGUACUUGCACAAAAAUGAGCAUAAAGUGCAGAGAGCAGUGGAGAUUCUCACAAAGCAUCGUACUCCAAAGCAGCGAAUUUUUGACUGGUUAAGACACAAGGGGGAUAUGCAUUAGCAUUAUUACCCUUUUGUGUACGUUUAAUUGUUAAGUGUGCAUCUCUUUUCAAGCAUGCAUCAUGGAAAAUUGUCACUAUCUCAACCAGAGCAUGGAUGGGCAUGUUUGAAGAUCAGUAACUGGUUAAGGAAACUUUUCCCUUUUUGGGAGCAUAAAUGAUAUUUUAGGGUGCAGACAGAAUCUCUUGCACCAUGCUUUUAUUGUAUUUUUUUUUUUAUGCCACUACCUCCUGAGGCAGUUUGAAAUAUUUCACAAUGUUUAGCAGGAAUUGAGAGGGUGGGCUUGUUUCUCCAGUUUCGUUGGACCAGCCUGGAAUUUUAACCAGUGAUUAUUUUACCUCCUUUUAAGCCCAGAAACUUUAGUCCUUACAACUGUUUUUUUUUUCUUUCUCUUGCUCAUUUUUUUCCAAGAUGGUUGGGCAGCCGCAUCUCCUGUCGUGCAUUUGGUUUUCCCAGAUUUUUUAGCUGUUAAGCCCCUGAACUCAGUGAUGCUAAUAUGAGGAGUUGUUGAACAAGUGACUAUGUGAUUUUCUCUCAUUUUGUGUUCAAAACAGUCUUGUUGGAUAUCAGUAAGUUUAUCUUUUAGUUCAUCCUGUGAUACGUAAAGCAAACCGGUGUGUAUGUGCAUGUGCAAGAGAAUGUAAAACAUAAGUUUAAGGGAGAGAAAAUAUGUACAUUGCAUAUUCUUAUUCUGUAUGACACAGAAAUCUAUAUUAAAUUAUUACCCAAAAUUA